AUGGCAAAACCCACUAGACUUCACAUGGCAGUAGCAAAGAGGGUACUAAGGUACCUCAAAGGAACUCUGGAAUAUGGAAUAAGGUACACUCCACAUGAUCAAGAUGAAGGUUUGGUUGGGUUUACCGACAGUGAUUAUGCAGGGGACAUCAAUGACAGACGAAGUACAAGUGGCUAUGUUUUUUUCUGGCUGGAGGGGCUGUCUCUUCGGCAUCCAGGAAGCAGCAUGUGGUUACCUUGUUAA